AUGUCUCAGAGUUCAGCCGGCAAUGCGAUAUUGAGUUACAUCAAGUAUCCCUUUAUUCUCGGGGGCGACGUAGCUGGGGAAGUAGUUGAGGUCGGCCCGGACGUAAAGACAUUCCAAAUCAGAAACCGCGUAAUAGGCCAAGCAGCCGCUUGUGCCCCUACGUCUAAUAAUCCGGCUGAAAGGGCCUGCCAACACUACACGCUCAUACGUGAGCAUCUGGCGGCCGCAAUCCCGGACUUCAUGCCAUACCAGGAGGCGGUUGUAUUGCCUUUGGCGCUAUUGACCGCGGCCUGCGGACUCUUCCACCAAGACUUCCUAGUGCUAGACCCACCUACGGUUCCAGCUACCCCACCUAACGCCAACAAAGCCGUAAUCGUCGCAGGCGGCGCAUCUAGCGUCGGAAGCAACGCCGUACAGCUUGCUGUUUCAGCCGGGUACCAGGUCUACUCAACAGCGUCGCCUAAGAACUUCGCCUACGUCGAGAAAUUGGGAGCUACAAAAGUAUUCGACUACCACAGCGCUACCGUAGUGGACGAUAUGGUCGCUGCGCUAUAG